UGGCCCCUCUCCGCUCCGUCUCGCCCCGCUGUCGGACCGUUUUCCUCCGGACUCUGCCUUAAGGACCAUGUGUUCCUCCAGCAGCAGGACUCUCUCUGCUCCUCUUCAGGGUUACUACCUGACAUGAAGCACUGAAGUUUGAGGACUCGGCGCCCCCUGCUGGACUCCUGCUGCAGCUGCAGGCCAUGGCUGAGCCCAGCUACUCCGACCUGAUCGCCAAACACUACAACUACACCGGCAAGUUCCGGAAGACAGAGCAGGACUCAGGUCUGAAGGCUGACUCGGUAGUCUUCAUCAUCGUGUGUUGCUUCAUCAUUCUGGAGAACAUCCUGGUCCUGACCACCAUCUGGAGGACCAAGAAGUUCCACAAGCCCAUGUACUAUUUCAUUGGGAACCUGGCGCUGUCCGACCUGCUGGCAGGUGUUGUCUACACCGCCAACAUCCUGCUGUCAGGCGCAAACACCUACAAGCUGACACCCACACAGUGGUUCUUCAGGGAGGGCAGUAUGUUUGUGGCGCUGGCAGCUUCAGUCUUCAGCCUGCUGGCCAUCGCCAUUGAGCGCCACCUCACCAUGCUGAAGAUGAAGCUGCACAACAAUGGCAACACCUUUCGCGUCUUUCUGCUCAUCAGCACCGUGUGGAUGAUCGCGGCGGUGCUGGGCGGCCUGCCGGUGAUGGGCUGGAACUGCAUCCAGAGCAUGACACAGUGCUCCACCGUGCUGCCACUCUACCACAAGACCUACAUCCUGUUCUGCACCACCGUCUUCAGCAUAAUCCUCAUGGCCAUUGUGGUGCUCUAUGCUCGGAUCUACGUACUGGUGCGCACUCGCAGCCGCAAACUCGUCUUCCGCAAAGUAUCCAACGGGCGCAGCAACGCCGGCACCAACAGCAAGAGCUCAGAGAAGUCACUGGCACUGCUGAAGACUGUCAUCAUCGUCUUGAGCUGCUUUAUCGCCUGCUGGGCGCCGUUGUUCAUCCUCCUGCUGCUGGACGUGGCCUGUGAGACGCUGAGCUGCCCCAUCCUCUAUAAGGCAGAGUGGUUCCUUGCACUUGCUGUCCUCAACUCAGCCAUGAACCCGCUCAUCUACACCCUGACCAGUAAUGAGAUGCGCCGCGCAUUCCUCAAGACGCUGCUGUGCUGCACGGCCUGCAUCCGGCCCAGGGGCAAGUUCACCGGGCCCAUUGUGGGCGCAGAGUUCAGCCGCAGCAAGUCAGAUAACUCCUCCCACCCCAACAAGGAGGAGGUGGAGUACUCACCGAGGGAGACCAUGGUGGCGUCCUCGGGGAAUGCCGCCUCGUCAUCCUAAACGUCUGAACGCUUGGCUGUUAACUGGUCGUAGAGAGGAGGAUGUUCGGGCUCAGACAGAGUUUUUAUGUUUGUACAGGAAACAGGUGUAAAUGGCGCCAAGUGGUGUCAUCAUGAACUGAUCUGAACCUUCAGCUGAUCAGGACUCACAGCACUUAUGGAGACUUUCAAACAGGUUAAACUGGGGCCAGUGAACCCUCAGAUAGAGGAGGUCCACAGUCUGUGUGAAGCUCACACCUGUAACGUGUCAUCAGAACGCAUCAGCACACCUGCAGGAGGGUCAGCUGGUUUUACUGGUGGAUCUCUGGAGGAUUUCUGCUCCAACAUGCAGCUACACUUCAGGUUCAUGUUUAUCUGAACUCACUUGGUUAAUGUGGAUCAUGGUGGUCCAGGUUCAUUGAGGACCUGCUGACAGCAGAAGCUCUUGUGAAGCGUUGACCGGACCAGUUGAAGCCUUCUGAAGGUUGUGAAUCACUCAUGAGUCCUGAUGCAUCAUGGUCUGAGCUUCAUAGAACGUGUUACUGAUCCUCGUAGAAGAAGAAUGCAGACUUUAUACUGACCCCCUAAGAACAACUAGAACCUGUAGUACUUAAAUUCACAACUGUCAUAUAUUUAAGAAAUACCAAUUAAUUAAUGGAGAUUUUGUUUUGUUUCCUCCACUUCCCUUAAAAACACUUCACAUGUGGAAACCAACUCAUGAAUUAAGGUACUCAGAGCUCAGGUGCUUUUCAUAAACUCAGCUGUGAAUAUGUUGUUUCUCCUGUGUGUGAUGAGGCAGGAUCUUUGCGUCUUUGCUCGCUGAAUUCGAUCUUAGCAGGUUAGAAUCUGGCACUUUAAAGGAUCAUUUUCCAACAUCUGCAUGUAGGGUUAGGCUAACUGAAAUCUGAGGUGCUGGUUAUUUUGGCGUCCCAGAAAAGAAACACCUGCUGCUUUUGAAGGGUCCUUCAGAUGAGAGGUUUGGAUGUUUCUGGUGCUCAGCACAACACCAGCUGCUGGUAGCAACAGGAGGGAGUUCAGCUUUGUCCUUUUCUGGUGUUGCCGCCUCUUUAUUAAUUCAAAAAAAUGAGACGUUUCUCUGAAAAAUUUAGCUCAGUUUCCUCGGCAGUGAGGCCGGAAAAAAACCUGAACCCUGCUUCACUCCUGUUAUGAACUAAACUUUCACACUGGAUGAGAAAAGAUGUAAAACUGAUGAUUAAUACGUGUAAUGAGUCUGAGAAGCACCUGAACUCUGAAUUCACGUUUUUGAUGUGAGAUUUUUGUAAAGAGGUAACUGUGUAAAAGUUGUAGAAUCUGUUGGUCACUGUGUAUUUUCUUCUCCCCGCGUGUCGUCGUCAGUAGUUAUGUCUGUGUAGUCAAAUUAAUUUAUAUUUGAAGAAAGGAGGAAAAAACAUUGUCAGAUAAACAAUAAGAUCUACAGAAGCUCAUUUCUGCCAAAAGAAAUUAAAAAAUUUGGAGUAAUAAAAAAUUAAACUCUUAUUAAUGUCUCAGAAUUAUAACAUUUUGACAAAAUUAUUACAUUAAAAUCCAUAUUGACUCUCAAAAUCGAGGUUUGAAGUUUUUCUCAUCUUAAGGUCCAUUUAGAAACUGGAGAGUUUGACCAUUUCACAUGGUCUUCAUCAGUAUAUUUAAAGAUUGUCACAGCAUUUGUGAGACAUCUUUAAAGUGCUCAGAAAAAAUGGAAACUCCACCUGCUGAGGUGACACAACUGACAGCUUGAGAAAAGCUACUAAAUGGAGUCAUGUUCACAACCAGUGAUUUUUAUCCUAUACUCAGAACCUUUCAUCAUCAUCGGCUCAAAUAAUUUUGGCAGGAAUGAGCUUCCGUAGGGACCACUCCCCUACAAGUUUCAACCUGAUCAAUUAAUCUGUUAAUUUUCUGUGUUUCCGUCCAACCUGCAGUGUGUGUCCGUCUGUCUGCCCUGUUUAACUGAAUGUUGGUUUGUUAGAGUUUAAUAAAGUCAGAGAUAGAAACACACACUUUGUGUUUGAGAACAAAUCAAAUCAGAAAAGCCAGCAGCUCAGAAACAAAGCUACGAAUUUAAAAGGAAACAUGAAAGUACAAAAAUUAGGAAGGGUUUGAUUUUCUGAAGGGAACGUGAACGUGGUCACUGCUGAAGUUUAUUAGUUGAAAUAUUAAUAAGUUAAUAUUUCGCUACUGAAGUUAAGUUAGUGUUUUAACAAGUUGAGUGUUUGUGUGACAGUAGUGGCUAAAGACGGGGAUGUUGUUGAAGCACUGAAAGAACUGGAAGUGGCAGCUGAAACAGAAUUACUGAGAGACUUUAAAAUAGAAAUAGUAAAAAUGGGACGAGUGGAAAAGAGGUUUCAGAAGUUUCAGUGGGAGUGACAGUUGAAGUCAGAGUAUGAAGUGAAGCUGAGGCUGAGCUGAGG